CUGUCCAACCUCACUGGCAGGGGAAUUAGCAUAGGACCAAUGGUGACAGCUAUGCAAAUGUCCUCCCAUAACUAGCAUUGUCCCACACACACUCUUCAUGUGAAGCUGCUAGACUUCCACUUCAGUUGCACCAUAGCUGCAGAAAGGUGUGUGCGUGUCGACGACAAGCAACCCGCAGUUUGCUCUAAAGUGGAUUUGGAUUUUAUGUACAACAUGACAUUUGAGGAAUUAAGUGGGGAUUACUCUCAAGAAAGAAUGGAUUCAGUGGCGAAAGCUUUAGAAGAAGUUCUGAGCAGAGCACUAGCAAGAGGCUGCACGACGGUGGGAGUCUACGAAGCUGCCAAGUCCCUCAAUGAGGACCCCGAUAACGUGGUUCUCUGCAUCUUGGCCACGGAUGACGAAGAUGAGGAAGACGUGGCCUUGCAGAUCCACUUCACGCUCAUUCAGGCUUUCUGCUGUGAGAAUGACAUCAACAUCCUGAGAGUGAACAACACCCGGCGCCUGGCAGAAAUACUGGGUGGAGGAGGCGGAAAACAGAAUGGCGGGGAGCCCCUGGACCUCCACUGCGUCCUUGUCACUAGCCCAGAGGAGUCAUCAUGGCAGGACACUGCUUUGAGCAAGGUGAACAGCUUCUGCAGCGAGAGCCGAUGUCUGGAUCAAUGGGUGCCAAUCAUCAACCUCCCUGAACGAUGAACCUUUCUGCACAUCCCCCCCCAAAAAAUCCAAUCUCUGAAGAAUCAGCAGGAAUCGGCAAUAUUAUCAGAAGCAAAUCAAGCUUCAAAUCGCUACUCGGGUUGCAAAAUACCCCGUUGAGUAGAUGGGAUCAAUUAAAAAGGCAAAAAAAAAAAAGUGGGACGGGAAUUUCCACUUGUUUUGGAGUUUUGUCUAUCAGUUGUGACAAUGGAGACGAGAUGGCCGGCCACUUGUGUUGUCGGGAUGUCGUGGACGGACGGUUGAAGGGAGCCUGUUUGCUCUGUUGGUGUGAAGCCGGACGCAGCGGAGAGGCAGAAGGAUUACAUCAUACGUGUUUGUUCACUGUGACGUGUUCAGGAAAAGCGGAGCAAAAGCAGAAUUCGGGAGGUGUGGAGUGAACCACGGCCUCAGCAUCUCUGCUGCAAUAAAGCACUUGCUUAAAACACUGGACCUUUUACUAUUUCACUUACGAGAUUCAAGUGUUCAUAUUGAUGUUGCUAUGAUUUAAAAAGGGAAGGGCUGUUAAGACAUCCAAUGCAGUGUGUACUUCAUGUUUCCAAUGCCAGCAAAGUACAAUUGUUGUGUUACAAUUUUAAGUUAUUUUCCAACAUAUUUAAGUAUAUUUAUGUUUCAUUUUUUUACAUUUGCAGACUUGACUAGACACGUACUGAUGUCAAUAAAAUAAGUUGGUUACGAGCCAGAA